AUGCCGGUGCCAACGACGAAGCGGAGUGCGUCAAAGAGGAGAAAAGUGAAGAAGAAUGCCCAGCUGCUGGCUCCUUACUCUCCGACUCACCGGUCCGUGGAUGUGGGUGCUGCAGCUGCUUUGGAAGCUGAGCAAGAGGCGCAGCGGAUGAGACUCUUCAGAUGUCCCUUCGCGGAGGCGGUGGACCUUACAUACGUGAAGCGCGACAGGCAGUUUCCCUACAGCAGCGAUCCGGACGACCAGAUCCUCAGACUUGGACGGAGGCAGCUCCGAAGCUUCAUCGGCGAGGUCUAUACCGCAAAACGCCUGGAAGAUCGCCGACGGGAGAAGGCGGCCCAACCCAGACGAGCUCUCCAUUUCAUCAUGCAGGAGAUGUUGCGACGACAGCAUGGGGUGAAAUGCCUCGUGCACCAGAGGUCCUGGCAGAUUCUGGAGGCCGUUGCCGAGCAUGCAUCCGAGGACGUCACGGUGGGCCUCUUCGCAGACUUCUUGGAUGGCACCCGAGAUCUCGAUGAGCUGUCCUUCUACCUCUACUGUUCCGGGCUGGUCUCGGCAGUGCCUGAGGAACCCCAGGCAAACAUACCGCCCUCGAGGCUGCCCAUGGGCUUGAUCAGCGAGUCACGGUGCCUUCGACUAGUGGAGUUGCUCUUCUCGGACCUGCCGAAGGCCAAAGCUGUCGUGAAGGAAGAAAUCGAGAAGCAGUUGGGCAGUCGACUGGUGGAGAACUCCUAUGAGGAGCUCAGCUACAUGGCCGAAGCCGACGGCAUCGAAGCCGACGCACUGUGUUAUGCUUUGCUGGAAGGUUGGCGAUUGUGUUGCUUGCUCUUGAGCAAAAGCAUGCCGCAUUUCAACUGGCGGGACACGGUCUUGGCGUUCAUUCAAGCGGAUGUCCAUGGCCGCGGCUGGUUAGAUCCCAACGAGGUGACAAAGGUGGAUGCUCAGCAAGCUGUGCUCUCGCGCAGUCGGGAGCUGCUGCCUGUCAUGGAACAGACCUCGCUGGGCGCCUUCGUGUUCCGGAUCCUGCAGCACCUGGGGGGCCUCACCGAGGCAUCCCUGAAAGAAGACGUUGUGGCAGAGAUGUCCCAUGAUUUGGGUCUUGGAAAGAAGGAGCAUGAGGCCUGCUUUCGACUCUGUCAGGUGGCCUUCGGCUCACUCGAGCGAUCUCUCGGCGUCUACUUGAAAUGGCUCCUUCACAGCGAAGAGCCUCGAGACCGUUCAGUGUACAAAAGCGUGAAGGCCCGGAUUUUUGCCAUCAGGCGUGCUGCGAGCUUGGGCAAAUCCUGGCCACUGAUCCACAAUCUCCGGUGUUUGCUGGUCCUGUUGCUCAGCCAUCAAUUUGAUUUGCAGCUCGUCCGAGAGGAGGCCCAGCCAGAACACGUGGGAUGGGAAUUGACGGCGCUCCUGCAAGUCCUUCGUGAGAGUUGGAGGAGGGGUGCCAGUGGUACUGAAGGGGUGGACUCCGGCCCAGACUUCGGUGCGGAGCUGGAAGAGGUGGGCGAGCGGUCCGAGCUGCGGGACGACGCUGGGGACCGGUCGGGGUCGGGAGCGCGUCCGGUGAGCGGCAAGGAACGGGCGGUGUAUUCCGUGAGUUUCACCGUGGGCCAAAAUUCGGCUCAAGAUUGA